AUGGCGGGCUUCGCCAAGUACACGGUCGACCUGUGGAGCGGGAUGCAGCUCGACGGUGAGCAGUGCGCGAAGAAUGUUGGCAGCCUCGAAGUGGCGUGGACGCCGGAACGCCUCGCCGAUCUGAAGCGCAAGGCAGGCUACGGGAUGAGCUGGGGCAUUGAGGGGCAUGUAAUCAGCCCUAGCGAGGCGCGCGAGUUCAUUCCGAUGCUGUCGGAGUGCAUUCUUGUGCGCUGUCGUACAACCACGAACCAUCUGGUGGACGCCGAGGACAUUCUGGACCACGAGGACGCCUAUCGCGCCUCUGAGACUGAGUUCACGCCAAAGCAUUUCGAGAGGCUGCGGCUGCGGCUGGUGAAUUGCUGCCCGGCUGAAGGGCGUGGGCUGACGCGCAAGUUCAACGGCAUGUUCUCGUUCACGACUGACGGCUUUCCGGCGGGAGGCGUGGGCAAGGCGGUCGCCGAGUGGAUCGUGAACGGCGAGCCAACGACCGAUCUGCGGGAGUGCGACAUUCGGCGUUUCCAUCCUCACGCAUACACGCGCCCUUAUGUGAAGGCGCGCGCGGCGCAGCAGUACCGCGAGGUGUAUGACAUCAUCACCCGCGUCAGCAGCUUGAGAAUCCACGCAACCUGCGACGACGCCGUUCUUCGCCGGCAGCAGGACUGGGCGGCGUGUUCUUCGAGUAACGCGGGCUGGGAGCGUCUCAGUGGUACGACUCGAACGAGGGCUGCUGGAUUCGCUGACGGUCACAGGCGAGACGCGCACAGGCUGGGAGGCGCGGGAGUGGUCGCCGACCGUGGCUGCGGAGCAUGUCGCCACGGGAAGCGGGUUGCGAUGUUCGACAUGACGCCGUUCGCCAAUUUCGAGUGA